CCAUGUACGAUUAAUGUAGAUCGGUAAAUAUUCAAUAGAGGGCAGCAUAUCUGAAAUCCCUAUGAAACAGCUGGUGGGAAAGGUAACCUUUCUAUUUUCUAAUGUUAACUAUCAGUUGUUUUUGUUCUCUUUGGUGUCAAUUUUGGAUUGUUGUGUUCAACUGAGGUUUGGCAAAGUUCUCAAUGUAUACUCCGCGGUCAUCAUACAGAAAGGGAAAAAAAUGGCAAAACCAAAAUGUAAAAAAAGAAAGCGAUCAAAUGUUCAAAUACAACUUAGCAUGAGACAAGCUAGACAGAAAUUAAAAGAUAGUAAAAAAGAGAGAGAGAAAGAGCGUUACCACCAAAGAAAAGCCUGUGGCAAAAUUAAAAGUGUUCAAGAAAUGAAUGAACGUGAAAAAAAAAAAAGAAAAGUUUGGAAAGAAAAAGCAAGAAAAUAUCGUAAACAAGGAAAACGUUUGGAAGAACCUGAAGGAGUAAUCAUAUAUACAACUACGAGCUCAUCUUCUCUAUUGACAAAUAAUAACAUUGUCAAAGAAAAUAAUUCUAAUUAAAAAAGAAGAUGGAAGAGAAAAACAAAAAACUAAAUACUAGACUUGAAGGAUAUAAAAAAAAAUUAAACAGAUUUCAGAAAAGUAAAGAAAAGAAUGUCCGUUGAUUAUUACAUCUCCUCCGUGGACAAGACCAAAUUUCAAAUCUUGUAAAAAAUAAAAUAGAAAGCUUGA